UAUACAAGAUAAAUUGUUUCAUUUUCUUAAUUGUUGUAAUUACAAACUAAUCAUACAAUUGAACAUUAAUUGUGGUUGAUGGUUAAUAUUAUCAAUACAAACAUUAUUGCAAAUUAAUCUUAACUGUUAAUUGUUUCCAAUUUCUAAUUGAUUGUUGAUUCCAUUUAAUGUUUACCUUUUAGUUGAUUAGAUAAUUAAUUUUUUUUUCUAAUCAGAUAAUAAUAAUUAAUUAAGUUCAACAAUCUAAUAAGAUUUUACCUUUGAUAUCAAUGGAUUAACCAAUUUGGUCAAUUUCUAAUCAGCAACAAUCAGUUAAUCACCUAAAUAUGAAAAUUAACAAGAUUAGAUUUUGAUUGAUAAAAUUAAUUUAAUUGUAAUAUUACAACAAUCCCUUAAUUGUGUCUAUUCAGAAAAUAAUAACAAAACAAAACCUCUUGGUUACCACAUAGAAACCAAACAUGGAGCUUUAGAAAUAAACAAAAUCGAAACAAUUAAGGAUCAACUACAAUUAGAAUUUAAUAUUUUUCAUGCUUACAAUCAAAAUUAACAAUUUAAUUAAGUGUUUGAAAUGAUUGGUUGUGAAAAAAUUAGUAAAUUGUGUCUUGAAUCAUCGAUAUAAUCAACAGAAAUCAACAGUUAUCUUGACAUUAGUGUUUCCCUGAGCAACUUUAAUAUUAAUGAGCAAACAAUUGGAGUUAAUUAAUAUCAAUUGUGCUCAUUAAUUGGUGACAAUUUAAUUUGUUUUGUUCUCGUGGUGAAUUUGUCUACAACAAUGGCUACAACAACGGUCACGAACAAUGUUACUGGUUUGGGUUCGGACUCUGUGAAUGGGUCAAUACCUUUGACCAACAGGGAGAAAGAGUUGAGAAAAUUGUUAUCCGAAGAGAGGAAUCGAAGUGAACAACGAAAGGAUAAUUAUCUACAAUUAAGAGAUGAACAAAUUAAAUUGCGUAAAGAUUAUUUAACUUUACAAUCGGAGAUUAAAUCAAUCCUCGAAGAGACGAAAAUUUUGAAGAAACAGAAAGAUGAUGAAUUGGAAAUUGCGAGAAAACAGUUAGAUGAUCAAGAAGAAUUGAUUGACAAAUUGAGGAAAGAAUUAAAUCAACGAGAUCCUGUUCUAAUUAAACAACAAUUAGCUGAUAAAUUACAAGAACCUUAUAAGAGAUUAAUGAAGGAAAAGGAUGAUUUAAUGAGGGAAUAUGAUAAACUGAUGGGAGAACUUAAAUUGUCCAAGCAAAAGGUUGAAUUUGUCCAAAAGGAAAUGUCCGAUUCCAUUGAAAGGUCAAAGCUGAUCUACGAAGCAGAGGUCAAUUUAAUACGAAAAGAAAAAGAGGAACUUCGAGUUAAACUUUUGGAACUGACCAAAACCCCGGAAGGUCAUCGGAUUAUGACUCUUACCAAUGAGGUGGAAACACUGAGCUCACAAUUACAGAACAAGGAGAAAGCCCUUAAAGAGGCGACUCGUCAGUACGUUAAGAUCCAGGACACAAUUGAAACUCUUGGUUCGGAACAGGAAAAAUCAAUGAUUGAACACGAGAGACAAAUUGACCAGUUACGAAGUCAAUUGACCGCUGCUCGUGAAGAUAAUCUAAAUCUAGAUGGUUUGAUUAAACAUCUUCGACGAGAAAAGGAUAAACUUAAAUCGGAAAUUAAAAGGUACGAACGUGAUUUCGAUUCUCAUGAGAAAACACUGACCAGCAUGGAAAAACCUUUGACCAGGAAAAGGAGCGAUUAAGACGCUUGUAUGCAAAGGAAAAAAGUUUACGUUGGAAAAUCAAUUGCUGAAACAAAUGAAGAAAAGAAUCGACUAAAGAACGAAUUAGAUAAUUGUAAACGUCUAUUGGAUUCUAAUUGUGAGACUCGAAUGAAUUUGGAGAAAGAAGUUAUGAUUUCGAAAGCGAAACUUGAAUCGUUUCAAAGUUUCCAAGAUGAGGUUGAUCGUCUUCGUCGUAAUCAAGUUAAUUGUUUGGAAGAAUUGGAUAAGGUCAGAAGUGAAUUAACAACCGUCUCAGCGAUUAACAAGGAUUUAACUGUACAAUUAACUCGAUCAGAAUCAGAAUACAAUCGGAUAAAGAUAAUCCUGGAAGAGGAACGAAAAGAAACUGUUAGAAUUAAAGUAGAAAAUGAUGAGAUGAUUAGUAAAUUACGAGUCAAUUUAGAUGAGGAAAGGAAUCAAUUAAGGAUGAAAAUUGAUGAUUUAAAUUGUGAGAUUAGAAAGAAACACAAGGAACGUGAAGAAAUUAAAUUAAAAUGUAAACAAUAUCAAAAUCUAGUUGAAAAGUUACAAUUAAAGGUUAAAUCUUUGGAGGACAAUUUAACCACAAUCAAACAAUCAACUGAUGAAAUGGUUCCAAUUAAAGCCUACAAGGAGUUAAAGAAACAAUAUAAAGACUUGAAACGUAAAAUUAACGAUCUACCAACGAGCAGCAAUUUAGUUAAUUUAGUUAAUCACCAACCUGGUAAUCAACAACCUGCCUUAUCAUCAAUAUCGUCUCAACAUUGUAUCAAAGUUAAUAAGUUAACAAGGGAAAAACAAACAACAACAACAUCUUGAUUAAUUUAAUUGUCUUUCCCUUAAUUGUCAUGAUAUCUUUUUAAUUACCACUAUCAUAUUUAUAUUAAUUAACUGUCAUUAUAUUGCAAUCAUAUUUUUUUGUCACCUUUGCGUUUUUAAUUUUUACAUUUUGUUUACCAAAGUCUCACAAUUUGAUUAAAUCAGAUUAACAGCAA